UCGCAUUCCUAACAAGAAAUAUGGGCACCCUCCCGCCGUUCAUCGCCGUCCUCUUGCUCCUCCUUUCCUCGGCAUCAGGGCUCACUGCCGAUGAGGCAGCGGCGCGCCGUCGGCAGCUGCUGCUGGGCCCGGCCCCGGAGCCGCACGUCGACCGCGUCCACAUCGACAUCAACAUCCAGAUCAAGAUCAGCAACCCGCGGCUGCAGUCGGCGCACACGGCGCUGCACGCGCUCAAGCGCGCGCUCUACUCCGACCCGGGCAACUUCACGGGCAACUGGGAUGGUCCCGACGUGUGCGCCUACAACGGCGUCUUCUGCGUCCCGUCCCCCGACGACCCCUCGGCCAGCGUGGUUGCCACCGUGGACAUGAACGGCGCCGACGUGGCGGGGUACCUCCCCAAGGAGAUCGGGCUCAUGUCCGACCUGGCCGUGCUCCACCUCAACUCCAACCGCUUCUGCGGGGUCAUCCCGGAGGAGAUCAAGAACAUGUCGCAGCUGUACGAGCUCGACGCCAGCAACAACCGCUUCGUGGGGCCCUUCCCUGACGUCGUGCUGCGGGUCCCCAAGCUCAGCUACCUCGACAUCCGGUUCAACGACUUCGAUGGCCCCAUCCCGCCGGAGCUCUUCUUGAGACCCUACGAUGCCAUCUUACUCAACAACAACCGCUUCACUGCCGGGAUCCCGGACACCAUUGGCAAGUCCAAGGCGUCGGUGAUCGUGCUGGCAAACAACGAGCUCGGCGGCUGCAUACCUCGGACCAUUGGGGAUGCUGCCGCCACGUUGGACGAGUUCAUCUUCGUUAACAAUAGCCUUACGGGGUGCCUCCCCGUGGAGACGGGGAUGCUGCACACCACCACGGUUGUGGAUGUCAGCGGCAACGCGCUCACGGGGCCCAUCCCGCCCACGCUGUCCGGGCUGGCCAAGGUGGAGCAGCUGGACCUGUCGGGGAACAGGUUCACGGGGGAGCUGUUCAAGGCCGUGUGCGAGCUGCCGGCGUUGGCUAACCUCUCGGUGUCUUAUAACUUCUUGGCCAAGGAAGACGGCGUGUGCAGCGCCGCGGGCAACCCGCCGGAGGACAAGUACUCGUUCGAGGAUCAAGGGAAUUGCAUGGGAGAGGCUAGGCCUUUCCAGAGGAGUGCAGCUGAGUGUGGGCCUGUGGUCAGCAGUCCAGUGGAUUGCACCAAGCUACAACGUUGCGGAUGGCCGGCGCCACCGCCGCCACCCGUUUUUCCUCCCCCACCACCGGCACCGGUACCAUCUCCGCCUCCGCCACCCCCCGUAUUUUCUCCUCCACCGCCGGCACCGGUCCCAUCCCCGCCACCGCCGCCGCCCGUAUUCUCUCCUCCACCACCGGCACCGGUACCAUCUCCGCCACCGCCGCCGCCCGUAUUCUCUCCUCCGCCACCUGCACUGGUACCAUCGCCACCACCGCCGCCCGUCUUCCCGCCCCCGCCUCCAUAUCAUAAGCCAGUUUUCCUACCGCCAGUAAGGGGUACAAAAUACCAAUCGCCGCCACCGCCGCAGUUUGCAGGAUACUGAUCUGUUGAGAGCAUGCAUGAUGUGUCUAGAUGUUAACUGUUGUUGUUCCAAUAUUAGCACAGUUGAAAUUGAAUGUAAUACAAAAGCACAUACUUUUACCACACCGAGGGCGCCCAUUUGUGUUUCUCCAUAGCUUCUCACGUACUCUCUUUUCUUGUCUUCCAAAAGUUGACAUUUCCGAAAUUGACAUGGCCUCC